CAGUAUUAUCAGUCAACUUAAACUCCUUCCACGCUACAAUCAUCUCUAGUCUUUCAACAUUCGGACGAUGUGUAUCAGGUCAUCUAUACCGACGACGGUUUCCUCCCGGAGAAGUCAUGCACUGAGGCGUCUGCCACUCUGUUGAAGCUUCUGCGGCAGCAACAUCGGAUGUUCAAAAAGCAAUAGUAGGGCUAGUUUUGAAUUCAAGAGACACGGAUACAAGUAAAUGUCGCGUCGAAAACUAAUGGACACGGAUUUGUAUACGGUCAAGAAUCAAAUGAUACAGGUCACGAGAGAGGGACGCGGGUUGUAGGAAUAUCGGCAGACAGCAGACAUUGAGACGCGGUGGAUAUAUGCUCUCUGUCCUGGAGCCGAAACUCAACUGGAUAUCUAGCGUGAAACCUUGCCGUACGAGAGGCAGACACAGCUCGAAUGGUUGCGAUGAUGAAAGUCGUGGAAGACCACGACAAACCCGUACCAUUCUGCACCAAAGGCGACUUCCCUUCAUCAACCAAUUCCUUCCCGCGACGCGCCUCGUUCUCAUCCAAUCGCCUUUCCGACAGCGGAUCACCAGACCAUCCCAACAAUCUCGUCUUCCUUCGGCGCAUUUUCGUCACCACCAACGCAGUGAUAAGCAGCAGGGACACUGCUACCAGGAUGAGGAUCACUGCUGGGGUACUAGGCGAGGAAGGCAUCGCUUGAGUGAUUGUGUUGGUGCAGAAGGACCAUCUUAUCCUGGCAGGCCAUGUGCAUCCCAAGUGCUGAAAUUAGAGGGAAUGCCACCGAGUCAUGAACGUGGGAUCGUCGAGUAUUCACUUGACAAUCGCGCGCGACCUAGAUGGUUCUCUAUCAACAACUUCUUUACCUUCUCAUCGUUUUCCUUGUGUCUUGCUCUCAUUCACUGGUUCUCUCGUUACUAUCAUAUCCCUCUUCCUCUCAGAAUAUGAUGCGCAGGGGACGGGCAUGAGAGAUGAAGGCUAUAUCUGGGUCAUUGUUUGGGUCUACUGAUCUUCCGGCUAGUCUUUGAAAGAGCGUUACCAGUCCUGAGACGCAUCGGCCUUCACAUGUUCAUUAGAAUAUAGGGGCAGAUCAUACGAAAGCAACGAACCGUACACACGAAACUGAGAAUGGACAUGU